AUGACUGCCAAACCCGCCGACUCUCCGGGAAACUCCUACUAUCCAAAGAGUCCUCCGAUGCGCCGUCCAAGUCUAACAUUCCUGUAUCGACUUGAAUGCACCAUCGCCGCAGAAGAAAUCAAUGUCGGGGCACCCCACGGCGCAGGCAUCAUUCGCAGUAUUGCAAAUAUUACUGGAGGUACCUUCAAAGGACCAGAACUCGAGGGGACGAUCCUCCCAUUGGGAGGAGCAGAUUGGGCAACAGUCAUUGAAGGAACACACUCCAUGACCCUCGACGCCCGAUACACUAUCAAAACUACAGAUGGUCACUACCUCUUUGUGCAGGCGCAUGGGCUCUACCGUCCUGGACCAGGAACCGAGUACGCGAAGCAGGUUGCAGAUGAUCCAGCGAUGAGGCCUCCACCGACCGUUACUCAGGAUGAUGUUGAAUUCUUUUCGCAUCUACGGAUUGAAGCGGGUGGGGGCAAAUAUAACUGGUUGAAUGGGUUGGUUUGCGUUGGAGUGAUGAGUUGCGAGAACGAUAGGAUAAUUAUUGAUGCGUAUUAUUUGACAAACUUUGGGGGUGUGAGGCCGGAUGAUGUUGUUGUUAGGAAGUCAUCUCUUUAA